UAUAAUCUGUGGAACUGAAAUCAAACGUCAAAAAACAGAAACAAUUUUCGUUGUGUAUCUUCCCAUGUAACGAGUUUUUGAUAAUUCUUAUUUUUCCUUUUGUUUGUUUUGUGUAGAAUUUAAUGUAAUUAUUAAUUCUUAACAUUUGCAUCAUGAUUGAAGAAAAUAUAACCGUGAGCGACAACUCAGAUUUAGAGGAUGGCGGAAAUCCUGAACUUCGCGGAUACUUGAGUAAAUGGACAAAUUACAUUCACGGUUGGCAGGACAGGUUUAUUGUUUUGAAGGAUUCCACUUUAUCGUACUACAAGAGUGAAUUGGAGAGUAAUCUUGGAUGCCGAGGUGCCUUAUGCCUGAAGAAAGCCAAAGUCAAGCCUCAUGAGUUUGACGACUGCAGAUUUGAUGUGUCUGUCAAUGAUUGUGUUUGGUACUUGAGAGCCACAAGCCCAGAGGAGAAGCAGCAGUGGAUAGAUGUCUUGGAGUCAUUUAAAGUGGAGUCAGGGUAUGGAACCAGCUCAGACAGCAGUUCCAAUGGCGGUGGUCUUCGCAGACAUGGAUCAGCUACUUCAUUACAGUCCACUGGAUCUCACGGCCGCACAUCCCGUCGUCUUGCAGAGAAGAUAGCCGAGUUGGACACAUACAAUGAGCUCCUAUCUAAACAAGCAGUGCAGCUGCAGCAGUACUUCGACAUGUGUGUGGCAGCUUACCCGCAGAUCAACGAUGACGUCACAGAAGCUAUUGAUGCUGUUAAACUUGCUGAUGGAAACGACCUGAGCCUACACAUAGGCGAGGUGCGAGCCACCAGUGCGUCGUUCCGAGCCACUUGUGGGGCUACGGUGGCUACCUUACAGCACUGUGCAGAGUUGCUGAGACGCAGGGAGAAGCAAGCACGGCAGGCGGAGGAGCUUUAUAUGGCUUUGAAGAAUCAGCUGACGGAAGCGAGGUUAGCAUCGAAACCGGGACCAGACCAUGAGGAGGGUCCUCACUCGACAUUACCGGACGACGAGUUCUACGAUGCCGUGGAGACAGGCUUCGACAAGAUGGAGGAAGAGCGGCGGUGUGCGCGCGUGGUGCCGCCCAGCGUGCACACGCGCGACCAGGUGGAACUGCCGCCGCCGGCCAUUGAUAACCGGCUCACCGUGCACUCGCUGUGGACUGAGAUCGACCGGAUAUCGACAGAACAGAUCCAGGCGGCGUUUGAAGGCGUCGGCGGGGAGAUCGGCUGGCAAUUGUUCGCUGAAGAGGGAGACAUGAGAAUGUACAGGAGGGAGAUGGAGGUGGACGGCAUGGUGACGGACCCGCUGAAGGCGAUGCACAAGGUGCGCGGCGUGACGGCGCGGGAGAUGUGUCACUACUUCUUCAACCCCCGAUACCGAUACGAGUGGGAGACGACCCUAGAAACGAUGACAAUAGUGGAAGAGAUAUCAUCAGACGCGCUGGUCUUCCACCAGACGUUCAAGCGCAUCUGGCCGGCGUCGCAGCGAGACGCGCUGUUCUGGUCGCAUGUGCGACAGAGCAGCGACAAUACCUACGCCGUUACUAACCAUUCCACUACAAAUCCGGAUUAUCCGUCGAACAGCGGCGCGUGUAUCCGCCUGUUCGUGACGGUGUGCCUGGCGUGCCGCACCACGUUCCCGGCCGGACAGCAGCCCACACGGGACAACAUCACCACCAGCAUCGCCUACUGCAGCACAGUAAACCCCGGCGGCUGGGCUCCUGCCGGCGUUCUCCGCGCUGUGUACAAGCGCGAGUACCCCAAAUUCCUCAAGCGUUUUACGCAAUACGUCGUCGACCAGUGCCGCGACAAGCCCAUCGCCAUCUAGCGGCAAAAACCCACAACAGAGGAACUAUAGUACCUCUAAACUGCACUAAACUAACACUUGGAGAAAUCCAGGUGACCAAAACUACAUCAGACAUUUCGAACUCAGUUCAAAACUUCGAUUUUGUCUCCCUUACAUUUUGGGGAGACAAAAACUGAGAGAGUAACGACAUGUAGUGCUAUUAUGUUAAGGCUAAAGUUCAUCGACAACAUAAACGUCUGUUUUUCUUAUGGCGCGUUUUAUUGUGCAAUAUGUCAGUGGCUGGAAAUUGCAAGUAAUGGCAGACAUAUUGUAACACACGGCCCAGCCAUAGAUUGUUCGGACAUCAUUGUCAGGGCAAUUUUUCGCCAACGUUGCAGCCACAAAUUGUAUAAAAAUAUUAUAGCCCUUAAAUCAACUGUUUAACUAUCAAAAUUAAAUGAAGAAAACUGACGCUUUAUGUUGUUGAUGAAUUCGAGUCUAUAUAGGUGUUAUAUAAUAUUAAAGGUUUUAUUCAGGGUGAGUUUAGGAUUCCCGUUUCAUUCUACUCCGGUUAUAUUGUAUUUCUUCGCGAUCUCUUGAGCUCCGGUCGGAUUUUCACUCGAAACUGCAGGACCAUUUUCGAUUGAAAAUAGACUUGGACAUCUAGUGGACAGUAAAUCGAUUUUGUUGCGAAUUGAGAACUUUUUCAUCGAUUAAAAUUAACUCGUAUGUUCCGAUUAAGGUUUACAUCCGUCUUCUAAGCGCUAGAUAUCUGUUUAUUUAAAAUCUUCUUCGACAAAUUAAUAAUUCGAUGUUAGUUUAUGUAUGAUCAAAUUUAAUGUAUUUUUAAUUUCAAUUGGUUGAAUUUUGAUUUGACAUUUUUUUUUUUUUGAUAAUAAUUGUAAUACAAGCUUAUUCUAUGAUAAUUAUAUUUUAAUGUUGAUCAUUGUAUAGAUUCUGCAAACAGACUUAAUUGUAAUUAAAUAUGUAAAAGAUACACUGUUAAAUUAACUGUAUAUCGUUGGGUGUUACAAUAUAAUAAAAUUUAUACAAUAUAAUUCUAUAGCAUGUAAUGAUUGAUUGUAAAGAGUCUGUAUAUGUCUAUUAAGCGGUAUUGCCAGACGUAAAUAUUUCUAAAGCACUAGACUGUGAAUAUUAUGAUUUGAUUGCAGCAUACUGAUUUAUUUAGAUUGUGUUUUUUUUCGUACUUUGUAGUGGGUGUGUGGUUGGUAGUGCCAGCAGCAGAAUCUUGGAAAUUAGUUUACACAAAAAAAAAAAAAACAACUGAUAAGUUUCUAUUGUUUGAAUAUAAAAAAUGUGUUAAUUUGUUGCUGGCAGUACUUAUCAAGCUUCUGUAAAAAAAUAUGAGAGAAAUACUAUUUCGACUGUAUUGAUAGUGUACACAAGUAAAAUAAUAGGCUAUGGGAAAAGUGUUGUAAUUAUACGACCAGUCUUCACGAUUCAUAGUCUUGGAGGCUCGGCCGUAAACUUGUGGAAAAAUGCCUUUUGUAAAUAAACUAAGUAUUGUAUGGUUCUUGAUAUUUAUUCGACUAUUUAAAAGAAUGCGAGUGGCAUAAGAAUCUCUGGAUGGCAAAAUUAAUUUCAAGUCGCGUGCGUGUACCUGAUUGUCACGCCGAUUUCCACUCUAUGGCUGAACAAUUUUGUAAUAUUGAUUGAAAAUAUUGUUCAGUAUGUCUUCGUCUAAAGAAAGAUUAAAUUAGUACUUAUCUUUUAUAGGAGUUCUUGAAAUUGUUUGUAAAGAGGGUAAUAUUCAAGGUUCGGUGAUAGUUGGAUGUGUUCAGUUAGAUAGGUUUGCGAAAGAAAACAUGUACUUUAGCACUUUUUCGGCUGUGGACUCGGGAAAAGUAAAGACCGAUAUCGAAACACGUCAAAUAACUAGUAAUAUAUUAUAAAAAUCGUUCAGUAAUUCGUACUUUUUGUGUGUUUCAUGUCUCCGUCUUAUUCCCGAGUUCGUGGCCCCAAUCCAUUUCAUGUACAGGGUGGGACUAAGUAAAUGUAGUUCUUAAAAUACUUUCAAUUUAUCUUACUUCGGUUUUUGACCAAAUAUUGUCUAAACAUGAUUAUGUGACAGAUGUUUUUUUUUGUAUAAACUUUCGUGGAAUUGACUUCGUGAAAAUAACUUAUUGGUCUACUUUUUGGAACUACGGAGUAAAUAUAAAAAGGAAAAAUAAUCGGAUUUCUAAAUAUUAUUGUUAUGAGUGACCUUUUCCAAAAUACUCAAGUUCCUCUUUAUAUUCUACUCCUUGGUCGCUUUCAAGCCAUAUCAUGGGCUGUGGGACUAUUAUGUAUGUUUGGUCAAAAAUAUUACUGUAUUGCACAUAAACGAAUUACUAUGGUUUUACAUACGUCUUACUAUCCUAUUAGUUUUUAUUAUUGUUACUUAUAUGAAGCAGACUUCCAUUCCAGCUUUUUUUAAACUAAUAUCUCAGUUUUGUAUACAUUUUUUAAAAUUAGUUCUAAUAGAUGAUUACUUGAAUGAAUUUCAAUUACACGGGGCUAAGGACGGAUUGUUUAUAAGAUCUAUUGAACAUGUUCUGCCCGCCCAAUAAAUAUUGUACAGAAUUUCACGUUUAUGUCUCAAAGUAAUAUAUUAUUUACUGUUAGGUAAUGGUUUUACUGUUCACCUUUUUAGUAUAAUGUGAAAAGGUAACAGGUAAACAUUACAUACGUCAAAUAUAAAGUGAACGCGAGCGGAAGUGUAAAGAAAUUGCAUUUAUAAUACCGCAAUGUUGCAAUUGUAUUAAGUUAUAUAAAGUAUGUUAUUUUUAAUAAUUAUUGUUUAUAAUAAAAUGUUUUACGGAAA